AUGACGACGCUCGACCCGGCAACCGGGUACACGUGCGUCACUUGCCAAUUGGUCUUCCGGAAUCCGGAUGUUCAGCGUGAACAUUACCGGACGGAUUGGCAUCGCUAUAACCUGAAGCGUCAGGUCUCCGAACUGCCCCCGGUGACCGAUGAGCAAUUCCGGGCCAAGGUUGUCAACUUCAAGAAGGAUAAAGAGCAAGCCAAGGAAGAUGCUGUCAAGGAGGCCAAUCUUCUAUGUGAGAUCUGCAACAAGCGCUUCAGUUCCAAAAAUGCAUAUGCCGAUCACUUGCGCUCAAAGAAGCAUCUCGAGGUUGAGAAGUAUGGGCGCCGCGGGCCGAGGCAGCCACGAAAGAAAACUACAUCUACGGCUGCGCAUUCGAUGGCCGAGGCUGACAAGGUGCAGAAGGAUGUGGAGAUGGAGAGUGAUGACGAGGACGUAGACACCGACUCCUCCGGCUGGCACACCGACCAUGGUUCAGAAGACGAGGAAGAAGCCGACACCUGGGAUUAUGACGAAAACCAGGCGCUCCCCGUGACGGCGUGCCUUUUUUGCCCGCAGACCAGCUCCACGUUUGACAAGAAUUUGGAGCACAUGAAGACCCGUCACGAUUUCGCCAUCCCGGACAAGCAGUACUGCUCGGAUGAACAGGGCAUGAUUGGAUAUUUAGGGUUGAAAGUUGGCGCUGGACGCGUGUGCCUGUACUGCCCGGAGUCGAAGGGGCGAUAUCAGUCGAUUCAAGCUGUUCAAAAGCACAUGAUGGACAAGGAGCACUGCCGUGUUUCCCGUGAGCCGCAGUCCAUGUUGGAGUUCGUCGACUGGUACGACUACAGCGCGCUGUACGAUGAGCUGGUCGAUGCCAAGGCGCCGUUUGAUGAUGGCUGGACGUUGACGCUGCCGAGUGGGGCCAAGAUCGGGCACCGCGCCCUGAUGCGAUACUACAAGCAGAACAUCCGCGGCGUCGACAACCAGGUAGCCGUGCAACAAUUGGCCGUCGAGAAGACAAACUGCAACGUGAAGGCCCUCAGCUGGAUCGGCGGCGGCGGCAGUGGAAAGAUGGUGAACGUCGGCGUUUCUCGUGGUCAAUUGGUGCAAGCGGCCAAGGACAUCAAGAUGAUGGAGCGGGCCCGCCGCCGAUUCGCGCUGCGCACGUCCGUCUGGCACAACAAGCUCUUCAAGACCGAAGGACGCAAGGGCGACAAC